GUUAUUUUGGGCCUUUUUUCUCUGGUGGGAAAUUAUUCAUCGUAAUCAAGAGUACUUGCUGCAAAUAAUUCCCAGUUGUUGACCAGUACCACGAGGUCACGACUUACUACAGUCUACGACUCUACGGAACACAAGUGUGUCAUAUGUUAUGACCUUUCUCGUGUUUCAGACACCUCAACUCACAUCACUUGCUUGCUCCUCCACUUAAACUACUUGUACUUUCCAAUUAAGGUAAACAUUACAUACACAUAUUUGUGUGUAUAUUAGCUUCGGUGCUUGUUAUCACAGUUUGAUUAGUGUUUAGAUUGAAUCACCUGAGCUUCUCCCUAUGGAAGCUUCUCGAACACUUGUCGGCUCCGAGAUUCAUGGCUUUCAUACUAUGGAAGAGCUGGAUAUUGGUCAUGUAAUGGAGGAAGCUAAGUCAAGAUGGCUCCGGCCAAAUGAGAUUCAUGCAAUACUUUGUAACCACAAGUAUUUCACCAUCUAUGUUAAGCCUAUAAACUUGCCUCCAGGUGGCAUGAUGGUAUUGUUUGACCGCAAGAUGCUCAGGAAUUUUCGAAAAGAUGGACAUAACUGGAAAAAGAAAAAAGAUGGGAAGACCGUUAAAGAAGCUCAUGAACACUUAAAAGUUGGCAAUGAAGAAAAGAUUCAUGUAUACUAUGCACACGGAGAAGAUAACCCAACUUUUGUUCGUAGAUGCUAUUGGCUACUUGAUAAGAAAUUGGAAAACAUUGUCCUGGUACACUAUCGUGACACACAAGAGGUAACUUCGGCUCCAAGUAGAGGCAUUGGGACCUGCGAUAUUGAGUCACAGGGUUCGCCAUCGACACCUGUAAACUCCAACUCUUGCUCAAUCCUUUCUGAGCCGUCUGUUUCUCAGCUUUUGUCAGAAGAAUCUGAUUCUGUAGUUGAUCAAGUAUACUAUACAAGCGAGAAAGCAUAUUUAGAUCCCAACGAGAGCAUCCAAGAUCAUGAAUAUAGAAUUCACGAGAUCAACACGCUUGAAUGGGACGAACUUGUGGUGCCUGAAGAUCCCAACAAGUCAAUUACAACUGAAGCUGGAAUAAUGUCAGGCUUUGAGCAACAAAACCAGUAUGAAAGUAGUUGCUAUACGACUAGUGAAGCAUUAUUAGAAAAUACAUCAUUUGUGCAGCGCAGCCCUUUGUCAGUGGAUAUAUGUUCUACAGAAAAGAAUUCAAGACAAAUAAUUUCUGAUCUAAUUGCGGGGAACAAUUAUGAUCAUUUUAGUAUCUCAAGAAAUGUUAUAUCUGAAAUCAUGGAUGGUCAAUUUGAUCCAAGUUUGCAGAGAAAUGGCACCAGUAAUUCCUUCGACACUAUAAACAAAGAUGGUCUUAAAACCAAUGACAGUUUCGGAAGAUGGAUGACCACUGUCAUGACUGAUUCUCCAGAUUCAGGGUUGACAGGUGACGAGAAUUUGGAAGAUUCUAUUUCAACUGAUCAGAAAGCGUCUACUUUAGCGUAUCACGAUCAGCCAUCAGGCUUGGAACAAAUAUUCAGUAUAACCGACGUCUCUCCUACAUCCGCUCCUACAACUGAGGAAACCAAGAUUCUAGUUGUUGGAUAUUUUCAUGAAGCACAUUCCCCAUUUGGAAACUCCAACUUACUUCUUGUAUGUGGAGAUGAACGUUUUCCUGCCGAACUUGUUCAACCUGGAGUUUACCGUUCUUUUAUUUCAUCGCACAAGCCUGGAUUAGUUGAUCUCUAUGUAAGCUUUGACGGCCAGAAGUCUAUCAGUCAAGUUGUGAACUUUGAGUAUAAGUCCCCUCCGAUGGAAAAUUUGAUCAAUUUAACAGAUGAUGAAUCAAAGUGGGUGGAAUUUCAGAAUCAAAUGAGGCUUGCUCAUUUACUGUUCUCUACAUCAAGGAGACUUGGUACAUAUUCGACUAUACUCUCACAGAAUGCCCUCAAAGAAGCCAAAUUGUUUGCUCAGAGAACAGCUCAAAUUGGCAAUGACUGGGGAUCUUUUUUGAAAUAUAUUAAAGACAAUAGAUUAUCAUUCCCACAAGCAAAAGACAAUCUGUUUGAGCUAACUUUGCAGAAUAGACUACGGGAAUGGCUAUUGGAGAGAAUAGCAGAACGAUGUAAAGUUACUGAUUAUGAUGAUCAAGGCCAAGGAGUAAUUCAUCUGUGUGCUAUUCUUGGUUAUAAGUGGGCUGUAUAUCAAUUUUCGUUAUCUGGCUUAUCAUUGGAUUAUCGGGACAAAUUUGGGUGGACAGCUCUUCAUUGGGCUGCAUCUUGUGGAAGGGAAGACAUGGUUGCAACUCUUCUAUCUGCUGGGGCAAAGCCAAAUUUGGUCACUGAUCCCACUUCAGAAAACCCUGGUGGAUGUACAGCAGCUGAUCUUGCAUCCAAGCAUGGUUAUGAUGGUUUGGCAGCUUAUCUUGCAGAAAAGGGAUUAUUGCAACAUUUUGCAGAUAUGACCAUAGCCGGAAAUGUCAGUGGUUCACUGCAGAUCACUACAACUAAUCCUACUAGCCCUGGGAUAUUUACUGAGGAGGAUCUGUACUUAAAGGAUACUCUUGCAGCUUAUCGAACAGCUGCGGAUGCAGCAGCACGCAUUCAGGCUGCAUUUAGGGAGCAAUCACUUAGGGUGCAAGCCAAUGCAGUAAAGUUCUCUAAUCCUGAGGAUGAAGCACGCAAUAUUAUUGCAGCAAUGAAAAUCCAGCAUGCAUACCGCAACCAUGGCACGAAGAAAAAGAUGCUUGCUGCUGUUCAAAUCCAACAUCGAUUCCGCACUUGGAAGAUGCGAAGAGACUUCCUCAAUUUGCGUCGUCACACUAUCAAAAUUCAAGCUGUUUACAGGGGUUUCCAAGAGAGGAGAAAGUACCGAAAGAUUAUAUUUGCAGUGGGAGUGGUUGAGAAGGCAAUACUACGUUGGCGUAUGAAGGGCAAAGGUUUCCGUGGUCUUCAGAUUCCUGAUGAAGCUACCAAAGACCCAGAACAAGAAGGUGAAGUGGAGGAAUUCUUCAAAGCCAGCAGGAAACAGGCCGAAGAGCGCAUUGAGAGAUCUGUUAUACGUGUUCAAGCCAUGUUUCGUUCUAAGCGAGCUCAAGAAGAUUACAGAAGAAUGAAACUAGCACAUAAUAAAGCGGCUCUUGAAUAUGAGGGGCUUCUCAAUCCUGACACUGACAUGGGUUAAUUUAGCACAAGAUAACGGCUAUUCACCAUUCUUGAGCUACAACACUGGUGCAUCAGCAACUUAUAACCGGUCCCUAUUGUUAAAUAUAACAUGUAGUUUUCGUAAAUACCCUAUGUAGAUUACUGUAAGUAGUCCAAGAUAUGUAGCUCCUCUAUACGUUUUUGCAAAUAUGAGAGCUUCAUGACUGUAGGUUUGAUGUUGUGCUGGCUUUCAUUGCCCUUGUUAUCUUGUUCCUAAGACCAUCUGAUUUGCACAUUCAGUUGCCGCUAUUAGUUUGUCCUUUGUGUGAUGUUAAUAUGGUAUGAUACAGUUGCUUUGGUUUGACAUGAAUGAAACCAUAUAUUAAGUUUUUGCUCCUUA